AUGGUGUUUCCUUCAAAGGUGGAUAAGAAACAAAAUAGGGAAAAGAAAACAAACAAGUUGGCUGGCAAGGAAGCUUUAUUAAGAAGCAAUAUAGAAUUUAAGGAACGGGCUAUAGCAGUGUUGGAAGAAGAACAUAAAUUAAAAAUAAAAUUUCAAGAACAAGAAAUAGCUGAUCAGCAGUUGCGGCAUAAACUGGAAAUUGACAUAUUAUUAUUAGAAAAGACAAAAAGAAAUUUGAAUUAG